AUGGCAACCGACCGUACACCCGUCUCAAACCCCGUGCAAUCAUUUUGGAUAUCACAAUCUGAUCCUAACGAUAAUCUACGUACCACGGAUGAUCUCCCUAGUGAAGCAGAUAUUGUCAUAAUCGGUGCGGGGUUUGCUGGAGUUGCUACAGCUUACCAUAUCCUUACAUCAUCUUCUCCAAUUGCAUCACCAUCCGUUCUGAUUCUCGAUGCUCGUAAGAUCUGCUCUGGGGCUACAGGUCGCAACGGCGGGCACGUGAAGCCAGAUCUCUACUUCAACGUCUCGAAAUAUGUUUCCAUGUACGGUACGAGUGCCGCGGCGGAGGUGGCUUCAUUCGAAGCGGCAAACGUGUCUGCGGUAAAAGACCUCGUUGAGACUGAGGGGCUAGACUGCGACUUCCAUCUCACAAGAGCGAUUGAUGUGUAUCUGGAUGCUGAGCAUGCGAGGCAAACAACUGAGGCGUGGAAGAAGCUAAGGCGAGAGAAGACAGUUGACUUGAGAGAUGUGGCUUACAUUCCUGAGAGAGAUGCCGAAAGGAUUUCUGGUGUGAAGGGUGCGCAUUGUGCCUUCAGCUUCACCGCAGCGCACGUGUGGCCGCGAAAGAUGGUGCAUCAACUAUUAGCGAAGCUACUUGAGCGGGGCUAUAAGUUGAACGUACAAGCAAACACGCCGGUGGCCUCUAUGUCCGAUGUCAUAGACGAGACUGGCCGGUGGACAAUUCAGACACCACGCGGUGCGAUCAAAGCCAGGAAGGUAGUCCACGCCACCAAUGGCUACACCAGUCAAGUACUGCCGGAGUACGCACGAAGUAUCACGCCGAUUCGUGGCGUGUGCAGCCAUAUCGACAGUCCGCAGAAGCGACAAACGCCACAUCUCAAUAACACAUACGCUAUCCGUUUUGAUUCUCGAAAUUACGACUAUCUCAUUCCCCGAACCGACGGAAGCAUUAUUGUUGGAGGCGCGAGGCAGCGAUUCUGGCAUAAACCCGAGCGCUGGUUCAACACGGUGCGCGAUGAUGAGCUUGUUGAUGAAGCCUCAUCAUACUUUGAUGGAUACAUGCAGCGCUAUUUCAGUGGGUGGGAGAAAACGCAAGCCGAAACGAAGAAGGUUUGGACUGGUAUCAUGGGAUACAGCUCAGACUUCAUGCCCCAUAUUGGUGCAGUACCGGAGAAACCGCACCAGUUCAUUAUUGCUGGGUUCAAUGGCCAUGGGAUGCCGCAGAUUCUGCUAUCGAGCAAAGGUUUAGCUGCUAUGGUGCGAGAUGGAGUACCAUUCGAGCAGACUGGUCUACCUCGACUAUUCGAAACAACAAAGGAGAGGAUUGAGCGACGCGACAGCCCGCUUGAAGACUCCUUCCGUCCGCUGUGGAAAGAGCAUGCCAAGUCGGUGCUAUAA